AUGCUUGACGUAAAAAAUUCGAUAAUACCUAAUAAUGAUUAUGAUUCUGAUAAUGAUGCUGAAAUUGAUAAUGAUACUGACAAUGAUAAUGAUGUUCCAGACAUAGACGCUCCAAGUCGAAACUCCCCCGUGCUGCGUUCCUACAUAAUCGCCAUCCACGUCAACAUCCCCCACACCAGCGUCAUGAGAGGCUUCUCCGCGGCGCCCUACGUCCCUCCCACCCCAGAGCCUGGCUCCGGUCCUCACCGAUACGUCUUGAUGGUAUAUGAACAGUGUGGAGAAAUUAAUAAUAAGGACGAGGAGUUAAUCAGAUUAGAGGUGGAUCGUCAACUUUUCGACGUUCUUGAGUUUAUAAGACAGUACAAUCUCGAACUGAUUGCCGGAACCAAGAUCAAUGUAGAGCAUCCCGCAACUUGCUGA